ACUUAGUCAAGAAAGAAAUGAGCGGAGACUUGCAGAAUACCGUUUGAGACAUUCAUCUUCUCCCUCACUUUCACCUUCUUCGAGUUGUCCGAGGCAUUCUGAACAGUGUCAUUCCCUGGAAGAUAAUUCAUUCCAUCACCCACGAGACAAAUCAUCAGAAUGUGCUGCUGAAUCAUCUUGUACAGAGUUAGUGAUGAAGGUAAAGGAAAGAAGCCUUUCAGUCAUGAGGGUUAUGCGAGAACCUUGUUUCAUUCUCUGUAGUUGAACGACUUAAUUUUUCAAUCCAGCUCUUCUGCAAAAACAAGUUGGGAUGGACAAUAUAAAUAGAAUGCAGCUGACUUGGUUGCACUUUCAUGUGAGAAGAAAAUAUCAAAGAAGAUAGCUGCCAAAUCAACUGAGUCAAUAGAUUUCAGAAAGAUACAUAGAGUAAUGCCAUCUAAUGGGCUGUGGAAUCACCCUAAUCAACUAUCUGAAGAGAUGGUGAGAUGUAUGAAAAGUAUAUUCAUUUCUCUGGCAGAUUCAGCUAUACCAUCUAAAUCAGCUUCAUUGGAGAACCAUUGUUCACCUCUAUCACCCCGUGAACAUCUUUCUAGUUCAUUGUGGUGGUCAUCAUCAGAACGCUCAAUGAUCUCAUCAUUGGUGCAAAGCCCUCAAAUUGACAUGCAGACUAACUCUGAACUUUUGGCAUCAGAGAAUGUCUUUGACCCCUAUAGAGUACGUGGAAAAUUAAGUUGGGCAAACAUUGGAAACUAUGGAUUAGCAACUGAAGUUUCUUGGAUGUCAGUUGGGAAGAAUCAGCUAGAAUAUGCUUCAGGGGCACUAAGGAGGUUCAGAACACUUGUGGAGCAACUGGCCAGAGUGAAUCCUAUCCACUUGAACUGCAAUGAGAAGCUUGCUUUCUGGAUCAACUUGUAUAAUGCACUGAUCAUGCAUGCUUACUUGGCCUAUGGAGUUCCAAGAAGUGACUUGAAGCUUUUCUCUUUGAUGCAAAAGGCAGCGUACACUGUUGGGGGGCAUUCUUUUAGUGCUGCUGCUAUUGAAUAUGUAAUCCUGAAGAUGAAACCACCUGUUCACAGGCCGCAAAUUGCAUUGCUUCUUGCCAUUCACAAACUAAAGUUAUCAGACGAACAACGGAAGGCUACAAUUAAUGCAUAUGAACCGCUUGUAGCUUUUGCCCUCAGUUGUGGGAUGUAUUCAUCACCUGCGGUGAAAAUCUACACUGCCAAAAAUGUGAGGAUGGAGCUAGAAGAAUCUCAGCAUGAUUUCAUUCAAGCUUCUGUUGGGAUUAGCCGGAAAGGGAAGCUAUUGGUGCCAAAAAUGCUUCACUGCUUUGCCAAAAGCUUUGUGGAUGAUACAGAUUUAGCUGUGUGGAUAUCCCAUUACCUUCCACCAAAUCAAGCUGCAUUUGUUGAGCACUGCAUAUCACAAAGACGGCAAAGCCUCCUUGGUUCUCGAAACUGUGGCAUUUUUCCCUUCGAUUCACGCUUCCGUUAUUUAUUUUUACCUGAAAAAGUUGAGUCCAACAAUACCUGUUUAUAGAAACCGGUGAAAGUUUGUAUAACUUUACGGCCUUGUUCUUGUGGGUAAAUUCAGAUAGAUGGUAGGCUGCAAAUCUGAACUCAUGGCCUCUGUGUAAAUGAUGAGGCUGGUUAAAGUUUUGAUCUUUUGCCUUUUAGAAAACCUAAAUCCCUUCUGGGUGUUGUAUAUGUUAACUGGUAACAGGAGUUCUGCUGCUGUGGUGCAGAAGUUCAGGUGUUGUAAUUCCAGAAAUGACAAUGAAAAGUCAAAAUAAAUUUGUGUAGAAGGCUGGUAAUCUCA